AUGCAUGCAGCUGCAGCAGCGGCAGCAGCUGCAGCAGCUGCAGCUGCUGCAGCAGCUGCAGCAGUUGCAGCAGCUGCAGCAGCUGCAGCAGAUCCAGCAGCUCCAGAAGCUCUAGCAGCUGCAGCAGCUGCAGCAGCUGCAGCAGAUCUAGCAGCUGCACCAGAUCCAGCAGCUGCAGCAGCUGCAGCAGCUGCAGCAGCUGCAGCAGCUGCAGCAGCUCCAGAAGCUGUAGCAGCUGCAGCAGCUGCAGCAGCUGCAGCAGCUGCAGCAGCUGCAGCAGAUCUAGCAGCUGCAGCAGAUCCAGCAGCUGCAGCAGCUGCAGCAGCUGCAGCAGAUCCAACAGCUGCAGCAAAUCCAGCAGCUGCAGCAGCUGCAGCAGAUCCAGAAGCUGCAGCGGCUGCAGCAGCUCCAGAGGCUGUAGCAGCAGCAGCAGCAGCAGCAGCAGCUGCAGCAGCUGCAGCUUCUGCAGCAGGUCAUCUUUGUAACAAAUGA